AGGACAAAAGGCUCCAAUUACAGAAGAAAGAAAUAAUCGCUCACAUAUUCUGUAUCUGACGCCUGACUUUUCGCUCUCUGUCUCUCUCUCAAGACCAGAAGAUCGCUCUCUGGCUUCAACAUCACAAUACAAAGGGUUUUACCAUCUCUGCAACAGCCUAGGGAAGUAUUCAGAUUCUAGUGCAUCUAGGUGCUUUAAAGGCUGUAAAUGUUACAGGGAUAUAGCUGCUUUUAAUUGUUGUUUGGCUAUCUGAAAAUGUUAUAUGACGAAGUCCUGAAGGCUGUUUUUCCUUUGCUGGAUGGCAUAGACCUUGCUUCUUGUAUGGUAGUUUGCAAACAGUGGAGAGAUAUAGCCCAAGAUGAUUACUUUUGGAAAUGCCUAUGUGCCAAGAGGUGGCCUUCAAUUUGCAAGAGGCCUAACCCUCCCACUGUAACCUACUACAAGCUAUAUCAAAUAUUUAAUAAAAGACAGCAUCGCCAAUCCCUGCUUCCCCCAAGGCUUUCUUUUGAUGAUUUAGAAUUUUUCUUCGAUAUUUGGACUGAUGAAAACAAUGAAAAUUUGAUAUUCUCAGAAGUAGUCCCUGGCCCUGUUUUGUUGGCUGGAAUCAAAGUCCCACCGCCUGGAAUUUGCGACAUACUUAAAUUUCACCUCGAAGGUCCUGAUUAUAAAAUGACUCUACCUCUUGAGCCACGGGUCAAAAUCCCUUUGAGCCAGACUGUUAGUGUUUCAGUGCUUGUAGGGCGCAAAGAUUCCAACAAAGUUGCUUGUGUAAUUAAUAGAUCGAUGUUUGAAUAUAUAGAUCGAUCAGCCUAUAGGGCUAUGGCGUUCGAGUACCUUGAUUUCUCCCCAGCACACCCAUUCGUUCCUGGUAUACGAGCAUGGAUUUCCUUACUCUUCAUGGACGACGGAAGAGAUGAGGGUGUUAUAGAUGUUUUUGGGAUUGAAAUGGAUUUCCGUGAUGCUGCAAACUCCAGGGAGGAGGUAUUGUGGUUAUUAGACAUGCUUGAUUGGAAGUGAAGGUGUUGAACUGUGAUGACGAAGCUAAGAUACAAGGCACCUAUCUCUAUCGAAUCAGGCAUGAUGUCUAUGGAGAAGACUUCGAGCUGUCUAUCCACGGUGUUGGUCUGACUUUGAGUUUCAUCAUUAAAAUUACAUAUUCAAAGUUUGUAAAUGUUUUCUUAUUUGUAGUCAUCAAUUCAUAUGGAGUCAUGGACAUAGUUUCUGUUGAAGGUCCUGUGACAUUGUUCUUACUGAUAGGUUCCUGCUUCCUCGUAUCAAACAUUUGUAAUAAUAAUAUGCUUGCAUAAUUCAGCUGUGUUCAUUAGAGUGAGUUAAA